AUGGGUGACCAGAAUACUAAAUUUUAUCACCAACAUGCCACCCAAAGAAGGAAAACAAACAGAAUUAACCAAGUAGUGGAUGGACAGGGCUCACUGGUGUCUGAUAAACUACAGAUUGGUUCCAUCUUCUCGGAAUUCUUCUAUGAUCUCUUCUCCACAUCUAAUCCAUCAGGCAUUGCUGACUGCAUCAAGGAUGUGCCCCACAGAAUUACCCUUGAGAUGAAUGAACACCUGUUGAAGGAAUUCAAAGCAGAAGAAGUCAAGGUGGCUGUGUUCCAAAUGAAUGGUCUUGGCUCCCCACGUCCAAACGGCUUCCCAGCUUUAUUCUAUCAAACAAACUGGAACCUAGUGGGAGAAGAAGUAACUAAGUUUGCCCUCAACAUCCUGAACAAAGAGGGCUCAUUGAAGGGGAUCAACGACACUUUCAUCACCCUCAUCCCAAAGACCAAAGAGGCCAAGAGAGUUACAGAUUUCAGACCAAUUAGUUUAUGUAAUAUGAUAUACAAAAUAGUAGCAAAAGUAAUUUCAAAUAGACUUAAAGUUGUUUUGCCUAACAUUAUCUCCCCAAAUCAAAGUGCUUUUGUGCCAGGUAGAGCCAUCACAUAUAACAUUCUGGUGGCAUAUGAAACUCUACACUCAAUGACAACCAGGAUGCAAGGGAAAACAGGCUACAUGGCUUUCAAACUGGACAUGAGCAAGGCAUAUGACCGUGUGGAAUGGAGCUUUUUGGCAGCGGCUGAGAAUGAAGGAAGUAUCUCAAGUGUCCCAAUGGGCAAAGGCCCUAUCAAAGUAAACCAUCUCUUCUUUGCUUAUGACAGUUUGAUAUUCUGCAAAGCCAACUCCCUUGAAUGGAGUAGAUUGAUGAGGAUCCUGGACCAAUAUGAACUAGCCUCUGGUCAGAAGCUCAACAAAGAGAAAUCCUCCAUCAAUUUCAGCAAGAACACCCCAUCUGAAAACAAGAGUACAAUUCUGCAGAUAGCUGGAGUCAAUGCAACAGGAUCCUUUGAAAAAUACCUUAGUCUUCCUACCAUGGUGGGGAAAGCCAAGACAACAUCUUUCCAUAACUUAAUUGACAGGAUUUGGUCUCAAGUGACAAACUGGAAGACUAACUCCUUAUCAAUAGCUGGAAAAGAGGUCCUAGUGAAAUCAGUCCUACAAGCUAUCCCCACUUACACCAUGGGGAUUUUCCUCCUCCCUCAGUCUAUCACUAAUAGAUUAUAUCAGCUUCUAAGGAAAUUUUGGUGGGGGUUUAAUGAAGGUAAAGCCAAAAUUCAGUGGGUCAAAUGGGAUAAACUCAGCAAGCCAAAGAAUCAAGGAGGACUGGGGUUCAGGAAUUUCAAAAGUUUCAACUUGGCCCUAUUAGCAAAACAAGGAUGGCAAGAUUUGGAAGAAGCAGGCUCGAUUGCUAGACUAAUUUGGGCUAGGAGGAAUGAAUUCGUGUAUGGGAAGGAACUUAAACACCCAAGCUCCAUUAUCCAAAGGUCUCAAAAUGACUUAAGAUGCUUCAGAACCAUAAAAGCUAAGGGUCCCCCAACUUUGGCCAGAUCUGCCUCUUUACCUCAGACUUGGAAAAAAACCCCAGAGGGGAACUACAAAUUGAACUGGGAUGCAUCUCUCAACACCACAAAAGGCCUAGUUGGAAUUGGAGCCAUCAUUAGAGAUAGCUGUGGAAGAGUCCUGGGUACACUUAGAGCUCGAAGGGAAAUCAUACUAUCUCCUUAUGCUGCAGAGGCGUAUGCAUUGAUGGCUAUUCUGUUUUGCAAAGAAUCUGGCAUCAAUGAAAUUCUCCUAGAAGGUGACUCUCUUCAGGUAGUCAAAAAGCUCAAGGACCUAGGGGAAGAUUGGAGUACAGGAGGACUUAUAGUUGAAGACACAAAACUUGUUUUAAGAUCCUUUUGCUUCUUGGAAUGUUUGUCAUACUAA